CAUAAAUUUGUCAAAAAUUAGAGGUGAAGGGAUUUAUAAUUCUGCGUCAACUGUUGCAUAUGUGUGCGUGUUAAGUUUGUAAUGUUUUUUUAACAAUGUAGCUAUUAUAUAACCUCACGAGGUUUGGAUCACAAAGUAUUGUCGUCAUCGCCAAAUACGCGAUCGGAGUGCAAGCUUCUUUAGCAACCGUGUUUGAGCCAAAAUGUCUCAGCAAGCUGCACGGCCUAAACAGCCACCAAAAACAACAAGGCCAAGCCCGCCAAAACAGAGAACAUCAACUGGUGCAAGCACCACAAAGCCCAAAGUCACAAACCCCAAACCCGAACAGGAGAACAAAAAAGAGAAAAAGGAAGAAAGUAACAGUGAGCCUGCGAGCCCGGAGGUUGAUGAUGAAGCGUUUGCACGACAGCUGCAACAGCAACUGUCACAAGAACUAGAAGAUCAAGAUGCCGCCUUUGCAAGACAGCUACACCAGGAAGAGCAGGAUAGAGCACAGUCUUUGGCCUUCCCAGCCAGAACAGGCAUAGCAGGGAGACCCCAGAGUGCCACACCUCUUCGGCAGUUGUUUACCAACCUUUUCAAUAUGAGAGUUAUGCAACAGGAGUUAGAAGAUGAAGAUGAUAACACCACUCCCGCAAUGGAACCUGAUACUGCUCUGCCCCCUUCACUCAGACGGCCCCAGCCUAGUCCAUAUGGAAGGGUUGAGGCCCCUUCUGGGGUUGUUGAAGAGGAAAAUGAGGAUACAGAGGCUGGAGUUAAAGAUGAUGCAACAAGGACUGCAGAAACUGGAGGCACCGUUAGGCCGUCUUUAAGACCCACUCCAGGAUUAGGGGGUGGAAGGAUCAGACCCCUGGCACCCCCAAGGUUAUCCCCUGGCAGCGGCCUCGAGCCCAGUGUAGGGGCUGAUGGGGGGAUUGACCCUCUCCCAGGGGUCAGGUUGAAUCCUGCUGGAAAUAGAUAUAGAGGGCCAAGGCCAGGCCGGAGAAUCAUCGUAACGCAUCAGGACAAUCAGAACAGUCAGGCAGCUCAAAGGCCAACCAGUGCUCUUGUUAGGCCAGCGAUGUUUGAUAGAGAGGAUACAUUCACAAACUUACCAGAGGGCGAGUUGGACCCAGACUUUAUGGUUCUUGACCUGGGGGAAAAUGAGAGACAGAGAGAGGCAAACUUCAUUAAUAUCAUGAGAGACCCAUUUCUGUUGAUGAUGAUGUUGAUGGGCCGUCAUCCUGGUUUGAUGGUCCCAGAUGAUGUGGAUUUGAAUGAUUAUGAGUCUCUCUGGGAGUUAGCGGAACGACUGGGUGAUGUUCGCAAUCGGGGAAUGACUGAAAAUGACAUUAAGAAAUUACCGUGCCGAAAAUACAACUCUAUUGGUAACAGUGGCGAAGACAGUUGUAGUAUAUGUCUCUCUGAGUUUAAGACGGGGUGUGACCUUGUGAAGUUGCCUUGUAAACAUGACUUUCAUAAAGAUUGUGUUACUGAAUGGUUAAAGACGAAUGGCAGUUGUCCAGUAUGCAGACAUGAUGUCAAGGGAGAUAAGUCAUGAUGAGUCAAGCAAAGGAGACAACUUUUAAUAUAAUAGUUUAUAUAACAUGUUUCCUAAUGAUAGGGAGCAAAAAAUAAUUUGAUAAUCAAGAUAAAAAGCAUGCAAUACAUGUUUUAAAGGGUAACUCGGAGGACAAUUCACUGACUAUGGUAUGAGUAUUUUAAACUUUUCCAUGCACCAAAUGGUCUGUAGCCAAAUAAAAAUGUAGCCAUUCCUUAAUGCUUGUCUUAGGUUUUGAAUUGAUUGACAUUUUAAGUCCUUGUUAAUGUUUUUUUCCCUUUUUUAAUAAACUUGUUUUUUUUAAAAGAAACAUGUUGUCAUAUUUUGAUAUCCUUGGUGUUGUUGUCAACUGAACACAAUGUGCACUCAGGCCCAUAACUAUUGCUUUGAUACUUAAAGAGUUAAUGCCCCAUUUCAACUAAAAUGACAGAUGAGCGUUCACAUUCUCUCACAGUGGUUUUGUUUGUUAAAAAGUUACUUAACUAAGUUAUGUCUUCAAUGUUGCUGCUGCUCAAACCAAUUAUGUUUUUGAAAAAUGUGUGUGUUAUAGUUGAGAUACAUGUAUAUACCAUCCAUCCUUUUUAAAGUCUAAAUCAGCUUUAUUGUUAAAUUUUCAAUAAUCAUGUUUUAGCUAUUGAAGUUUAUGAUAAAGAUAAUAGUUUUUUCUCUUCUAGUCUUUUAGAAUAGAACAUAAAUUGCCAUUGUAGGCAUUACUCUUGAGUAAGAAAGUUUUGUUUGUAAUGCUAUUCAGGAAAUAUGUUGUCCCCAGUGGGUCACUUUUCAAUGAUUUUAUUUUAUAAUCACUUUCCAAUUGGUAAUUUUACGUAGUAAUGUUGUUUAUUUCCUAACAAAUUAUGUUAAUGGUAACAUAACUCACAGCUGUUUUGACUUUGCAAACACUCUUUCAAUUUGUUUCUAAAUUACCUAAUAGUUUUAAACUAAUUUUCCAUGAUUUUACCAUAUUUUGUCAUACACUCGUUGAUAAGAUAGUGCAAAUUCUUCCUAUAUGCUUUUAAAUGAUGCCAAUGUUUGAAGGGGUUUCUGCUACCUGGGUUCAUGAUUACAAACAGUUGUCAAGUCUGAGUCUAGACUCAGGCUCAGAAAAUCAGUGUUAUUGAUUAACAAAGAUAUUUGUUUUUAUUAGGCUUUUUGUAAGAACAUUAUUGUCAUCGUAGGAGAAUUGGGUUAAACUAAUCUUUUUUAUUGUUAUUUUCCUACUCCCAAAUAAGAUUUACACCAACUAAAAGUAUAGUUUUAAGAUUCAAAAAAAGAUGAAUUAAUGUCGAAAACAAUGGUUCUUAUGGAGGAUACCGAUUUAAUUUGAAAGAAAUGUGCAUAAAACACAGUAUUUCUACCUUAUGAGACUAUAGUAGACUACAGUAAAUCUUUUAGCAUUCACCAAUCAUUUAAUAUUUUUGCAUUUUCUGCUGUUAAAUACACAGUUACAAUCUUGUUAUCAGUAAUUAAUAGGUUUAUCAGUCAAAAUUGAGGUUUGUUAUACAUGUGUAUGUAUCGAUUUUGAAUAAGAGUGUCACUUUAAUCUUAAGGUUUAAGGUUUUAAACUCUAUAUUAAAAUACACACUUAAAAAAGGUUUGUUUUUCUUUUAAUUGACUAUAAAAAAGUAGGGUCGAUUCAGGUAACCUGAAUAAAUUGUAUUUUUUUUUAAACCUUGCGCUACUUGAGUCUGAACUCCGACUUAAGAUUGUUUGUAAUCAUGGUCACAGACCACAAACUUCUUAUUGAUAGAUGAAAUGUAUUCAAACCCUUUAGUUGUAUUCUUAUUUAUUUCAUCAAUUUUUUUAAAAAUACAUAUGUUCAUUAGGCUACUUUUCAAGUGUUUCUUAUUCAGCAACAGAGAAAUUGUAAAGAAGUUAUCAGUAUUAAAUGGUUUUACCAGACAUCAAAGUUAAAAUAACAGUCAAUGUGGUGAUGAAGUGACUAAUAUGAUGGGUGUGAUACCUUAAAAUGUUAAGCUUAUUGUCUGUGAUACAAAUCACUUUUGAAUUGCUCAUUUUUUUAUUAUUUUUUUUAUUUUUGUUGUUAAUUGCCUGUUGUUAUAUUAUUUUGUAAAUUCUUUCGAAAUUUCUUUCUUGCAUAUUUUAAAGAGGUGAAAAUAGAAAAAAAUCCUAACAAAAUUUAUUAAAGAUCACAUUAAUACACAAACUUCUUAUUGCGGAAGUCAAUUCAAAUUGAAAUGGCUUGCACUUUAACUCUUUCAAGAUGAUUCAUUCAAUGAUUAUGUGUAUUGGGAAGAGUGAAAUGCAGAACACCUACUACUUAUGGGAAGUCAGGCAGGAUUUGACUGAUGAGAGUGUUCUGUAGAUUUGAACAAAAUAUCAUUACCAUGAUUAGUUUCUUAAAGAUAUGCCUACAUCAAAAGGUUAUGUGAAAUUAGUGUUGUAUUUUGAUCUGAAAAGCACACAUUUAAUGGGAGUUUAAGCCACUCGCUACUUCCUUGCGAACCAGUUUUAGCGAAUGCUAUAAUUUUUUACAGUAUUCUAUCUGAACAGUAGUCUAUGGCGCCAUCUUAUCAGGAAAUGUGCUACUGAUAAUUUUGAGAUCAAGAACUUUGGUUUGAUUUUAUUAUACCGUAUCAUAACAAGAUAAAUUAGAAUUUGUACUUUCUCAUUCAAAUAAUCUUCAGUCUUCAGUCUGUAAUUUUUUUUAUUUAUUUAAAUAGUUUAGUCAAAGCAUCAACAUUUUACUUUGCUGUCUAUGUGAUGUUAAGAAACUAUUGAACAUUUAUGAUGGAUGUUAUAUACCUCAAAAUGUUUAUAAUAUGUGAUAGGAAUCACGAGAUGUUCACAUUUGUUUUUUGUUUCUAUUAUGUUUCUUGUUAUUUGCCUGUCUUUAUAUUAUGUUAAAUUCUUUCUUGAAGUUUGUAUACAGGUGAAACUCUAAUAAUAUAUUAUAUCGCAAAGUCUUAUUCGCAUUACUACACAAAAAGCCUUUUUGAAUACGGAAAUUUUACAUGUAAGGCCCCAAGUAUGUUAAUAUAACAAAUCUCAUCCAUUCUGUUACGGCAAUUUUCUUUUUGUUAAUUUUGUUUUUGUAUAAUUACUUAUUUAUUCCAUGCCCUCCAUUCCAUUUAUAUUCAUGUCAAUAGAACUAUAGUGUGCACGUUUAAUUUAUCAAUCUGAUUCGGAUUGUUUCAUAUAGUCACCCAGUUUGAAGUUGAUCCGUUGUUUGAAAACUCAUUUUGGUAAAACCUUGUUUAUGAAUAUACAAUUACAAGAAGUCAUGUUUGUGUGUUUAAUGGAUAGUUUUAUAUAGUUAUUAUUUAGCACAACCCAAUUUGCAUGUUUUAUAACAGAUUUAACCCUGAAAAGGCAAGUCCAUUUUAUUAGCUUGAAUUGAUGAAUAAGGCAGCUAUACUACUCGCCCCAGUGUAGGUGUCCGAUUUUAGGGCAAGUUGGCAUUAUUAUUUAUAGCUACAAUAUCCUUCAUUCAAUUCACUUGAUACUUUACGCAAACAUUCAGGACAAUCUAACAAUGUGGUUACAUAACACCAUUUCAUACUUUAUACAAAUUAUUGCCCCUGAUUGACCAAGGAACUUUGGUUCAAGUUUUAGGGCAUAUUGAGUCUGGUUAAAAUUUUAGGGCAAGUUGGGAUUUUCACUAAAUACUUCUAUAACCUUCAAUCAAUCGACUUAAUACUUGACUCAGUUGUUGACAGCCAUCACACAAUUCGGUUACAUAACCCAUAUUGUCCUUAAUACAAAUUAUGGCCCUUGAUCGACCUGGUUCAAGUUUUAGGCUACUUUGGGAUUUAAAUCAGAUAUCUGAAUAUAGGAUUGACAUAUUACGACCAAACGUGGUAUAUAGAAAUAGUUUAUAGAGACCUUUCAAGGGAGUUUUGUUUGGGGUCUCAAGAGUCAUAGUCUUGGUCAAGAUCACUGUUACUAAAAAAGAAAAAAAGGUUAGUACUGAAUCAAGAUCACUGUUACUAAAAAAGAAAAAAAGUUAGUACUGAAUAACUUUAGUGUUGACAUAUUGUGACCAAACUUGGUACAUGUAUAUAUGAUUGAGACUUUUCAUGGGUCAAGGUCAAAGCCUCUGUCAUUAUAAAUAGAAGAAAUUGAAUCUUACCAGAAAAGCUUAUUUUUUGACAAUCAUUGAAAACGUAGUUUCGCUGCAUUACUGUGUAUCUUGUUGACUAUUUUUUAUACUAUUUAUUGUGCUUGACGUGAACAUAUUACAUCAUUAUUGUAUUAAUUUCUAAGACGGCAUAUAGUCGAGUGCCCUGUCAUACCACACAGCUUUUGUUUUAUGUCAUACAUAGCCUGUUGUUGAAUUAUUUUAAUAAAAGUGAUCAAGAA